CGCCGAGGGCGCGGAGCCCAGGGCUGUGGAGGCCGCGCGCGCCCGCGCCCCAGUGCCGGAGUGGGCGCCUAGAUCUGCCCGUGCGCCCACCGACAGCCUCUGCCGCAGACGCAGGCCCUGGGGAGGCUGUGGUCUCUCAGAGUUUGAGGACUCGCAGAUUUUGCCCGAAAGCCCCAGCUUCCCUUCUCUAAGGAGCUCGGCCUGCGCUCCGGUAGCCUGAAAGGUGCAGUUCUCCCACACACGGCUCCAAAAGUUUUUCUAGGGUUUCUGUUACUCGUGACCACAAUGAAAAACCUAGGCAGCCACGAUCUGGUAACUGCCACACUUCCCAGAGUCAAGAGCUCAAAAGAAUGGUUGGAACCACAGCUUGCCUUCACGGAGGCCUUAGUUAAAGAAGAUAUUGAUGCAGCUAUUCAAUCUAUCUUAUGUAGAGAAAAGUAUGUAAUUAAGGAAUUUGAUAAGUAUUUACAACAUCAUGACUUAUUAAAUACGAGAAGAAAAGAGAUGUUAUAUAAAAGAUGGGUUGACCAUGUGGCAGAUCCUCUCCAGAAGAAAAUUAUAGACAAAGUUUGUUCACAUAAGAAGAUUAAAAAAAGGAGACAAGAGGAAUUAGAUAGUUUUCUGAACUAUGUAAAUAAAAAGGGAAAUGCAUUUAUACAACAUUAUGAUCCAAAAGAAUAUGAUCCUUUUUGUAUGAGCAAAGAAGACCCCAAUUUCAUGAAAGUUAUCAUCCCACCGUUUUGUGACCCUCUGAAAAAAGCACAAUGUGACAAGGAUGAUGAAAGAAGAACUCUCCUUCAGUGUGAGACUGGCAAACUAUAUACAAUGAAAGAAUUUAAAGAAAUUGAGAAGAUCCAGUCCAGAUUCCCAAUAAUUUCUAAUUCGAGGCACUUUAUGACUCCAAAUGAGUGGCUGAAACUGCCUACAAGAUACAUAGAAAGUGAAUUUUGUAAAAGGAGCAGGUUAAAAGUGAAAGUGAAUGUUAAUGCUAGUAGUCUUGAUUUGAAACCUUCGGCAAGAGUGCCUCAUCUGACGGAAUACCAAGAAGAAAAGUCAGUCACUUACAAAAACAAAGGGCCAUCCUUUCCGGAAAAAGAACCUCUCUGUUAUCAGGAGGGAAAGAACCCAAGUACUACAGAGGCCAACUCUGAAGAACAUUUUUCUUCCUUAAAUGUCAACCAGGAGGCAGAAAAGGAUGAAGACCAGGAUGGGCGAGAGCCAGGGCAGCACACGGGGCAGCCAUUGCAGGCACCACAGUCUGAGGAGCCGGGAACUGCGUGGUGUGGCAGGCUUCCGAGAGGAGGGGUGGGACAGGAGAAACUGAGAGGCGGUGUCCUGUACUCAGAAGGAACGGAGAGCUGUCGGCUGCAUCCCUGCAACUUGGCAGAGCUGCACAUGGAGGUGCCGUCUGCUGGGGGGCCUGUGCUGUGCGGGAUUUCCCUGGCUCCCUCUCCUGAGGUCCCACCUGUCUAUUUUCCUACCAGUUUCUACUAUUUGCCACUUAAACCCAAGCCAGGCCAAAGUUUUGUUCCCUUAAUUCAAUCAAGACAGAAAAUUUUCCAAAGGACCAACACUAAAUUAAAGUAGUAAAAUUUAAAAGCAAAAGCCCCCAAAUGUAAACUGUAUAGAAAAUAUAGGUGUCCAUAGAGUUCAGAGCUCUCAUAAGAGAGCCACAGUGAAAUGUGCCGGACCUUGCCUAGACUGCUUCCAGGACUGGGCGGAGCUCUUCCUCAGUUCUCUCCACCAGUUGUCCCAACUUUCUGGAGACAGCCUCUUUUUGGAGUGGCUUUAGAGAGGUCAAAAUGCUUACUCCUCCUCCUCCUCCUCCUCCUCCCUUCCUAGUUAGAAUUCAUCAGUGAGCGCGCAGCUCAGAGGAGGUCAAGGUGCGACUUCCUUUGGUUGCCCUUAAUCAUUUAUCUGACACCAGCCGGUAUGUGCCAUGCUGCCCAAGUUCAGCCCAUCAAGAUCAAAUUUGUGAACCUGAGGUGUACUGAUGGCCCCCGAGAUCAGCCCCCUGGGUCUGUCUUCAAAAAGGUUGGUGGUGACAUUGCCAAGCUAGCUGGUGACUCAAGGGCCUGGGAAUCACAGUGAAACUGAUUGUAAAGACAGGCCCAGAUCAAAGCUGUACCCUCUGUCUCUACCCUGAUCAUCAAAGCCCUCAAGGAACCUUCGAAAGACGGAAAGAAACGAAAAAACAUUAAACACAGUGGUAAUAUCAAUUGGGAUGACAUUAUCAAACUUGCCCAACAGAUGUGGCUCUGCCUUUAGUUAGAAAACUUUCUGGAAUUCUUCAAGAGAUCAUGGGGGCUGGCCAGACUGUAGGCUGCAAUGUUGAUGGCCGCCACCCUGAGGAUAUCAUAGAUGACGUCAACAGCAGGAUGCCCAGCUAGUUAAGAGGUACGAAAGACAAUAUUUCAACAAAGGAUCGCCUGUGGAAGAAAAAAGAAAGAUGGAGAAACGUGAAGAGCCUGUGUCUCAUGUGGCGAUCUGUCCGUCUGACUUCUUUCCUGUCUCUCCAUUUCCCUACUCCCUAACGGAUUUUUUUACUCAUGAAAAUUUAUUAAAAUUUCAUUUUGUGUCUUAA